AUGGGGCGGGACAGAGGGGGAGGGAAGAGCAAUGAUUGGUUUUUUAUGCAAGUUUGGGCGAUAGUGAAGCCAACUUCAAAUUCGGAGAAGGGAAGAGAGUGGUUUGGGGAGUCCGGUUCAGAAUUACAAGAGCAAGACUCAACAAUCACUAAGUUGGACUUAGGUGAACCUGGUUCCAAAGAGUCAAACACAUUGUCUGGUCCCGCUUUAGGGAAAGUGGAGGGGCCAAGAUUAUGGACUGGGGAAGGAAUCGGGCCUAGUAAGGAGGGGUUGGGUGGAGCCUCGCCAAGAGGAGGUGCCGAGUCCGAGGGAGUUGGGUUCGAGGCAAGGGAGGAGAGGUUGGGUGGGCUAGCGGGAGGGGGGAUUGGAAGAGAAGAAGAAGUGGAAGAAAUAUGA